CGUUCUAAGAGUGCAUCUGUGUACCAGAGUUGUUUUCUGUUUUUCGAUAGUGUUGUUGAUACUCUUACAGACAAAAUUAUGAUGAUUACUGCUUUUAUCUUACUGAAUGUAGUAUCAGCAAUAACCUGCUUGCCCUGAACCAUGCGUCUUAUUUGAUAACUUUCAGUUUCCAUGUUGCCAGAUAUUAGUACGAAAAACAAGCAAAAAUAAUUGGCCUUAAAAACAAAGUUCGUCCCUACCUUGUAUUUCAGAAAUAAAUCAGAGAAAUUUCUAAUACUAACCUUCACCUAACAAUCACUUUAUAGAUAGUGUCAAAGUGUCACAUUAAUUGCUAAACACUACGUCUAAAGAGGAUUUUUAACGAUGGGGUCUGGCAACACUGCAAAUUCUGUACCCGUGCCGUCGCAGCUUAAGCCAGUCUUCGUCAUCAUUUUACACUAAACUAUACAGUAAACUGUCCAAACUAAAUUAUUUAUGCGGAUUCGUUUUGGAAAACUAAUUAGUCAUUCAGAGAACUUUACAUUUUAUUUUUUAAUAUGAAAAAAAUUACCGAGGUCCGGACCUCUGUGACCUCAUAGCUGGCUACGGCCAUGGUGAAAGCUGAGUCACACCCAACAGAUAAACCUGUUUUGCACAUGACUCUUAACACAAAACCAGAAAACUACUUUUCAAGCGACUGUCUCUCUCUGUCUGUAUGUAUGUUAGUGAAAUAUGGCAGAAGCUCAUGUUUUUAAGGACAAGUUCAGCUGUUCAGUGUGUUUGGAUCUCCUGAAGGAUCCAGUGACCAUUCCCUGUGGACACAGUUACUGUAUGAUCUGUAUUACAAACUACUGGGAUCAGAACGAUCAGAUGAGAAUCUACAGCUGCCCUCAAUGCAGACAAACCUUCACACCAAGACCUGUUUUAUUUAAAAAUGUGACGAUUGCUGAAAUGGUGGAGGAUCUGAAGAAGACAAAACUUCAGACUGCUGUUCCUGCUGACUCUUAUGCUGAAGCUGGAGAUGUGGAGUGUGACGCCUGUACUGAGAGAAAAUACAAAGCUGUCAAGUCCUGUCUGGAGUGUCUGAAGUCUUACUGUCAAAAUCAUCUUAAACAACAUGAACAUCUCUUCAAUGACAGGAAACAUCAUUUGAUGAAUCCCACCAGACAACUUCAUGAGAUGAUCUGCUCAAAACAUAAUAAACAACUAGAAAUCUACUGUCGCACCGACCAACACUGCAUUUGUUAUCUGUGUACGAUGGACGAACAUAAAAACCAUGAUACUGUGACAGCUGUAGCAGAAAGAACUGAGAAACAGAGAGUUUUGGGAGAGCGACAGAGAAAAUUACAUCAGAUAAUUGAGGAGAGAGAGAAGGAGCUUCAGGAGCUGAGAGAGGCUGUGGACUCUUAUGCGCGCUCUGCACAGACAGCAGUGGAGGACAGUGAGAGGAUCUUUACUGAACUGAUCCGAUCCAUUGAGAAAAGACGAUCUGAGGUGACACAACUGAUCAGAGAUCAGGAAAAGACUGCAGUGAGUCGAGCUGAAGGAGUCAUGAAGCGUCUGGAGGAGGAGAUUGAUGAUCUGAAGAGGAGAGACGCUGAACUGAAGCAGUUUUCACAUACAGACAAUCACAUCCAUUUCCUACAGAGUUUUCAGUCUCUGUCUGCAGCUCUUGAGUCUUCAGUCUCACACAGAUUUACUCUCAGCUCUCUUCUCUCUUUUGAUGAUGUGAGAAAAUCUCUCUCUCAACUGAAAGACAAACUGGAGGAUUUCUGUAGAGAGGAGAUAUCUGGUGAAGACUCAUAUAUCUCAGUUAUUUCUGAUGAAUUGAAGACCAGAGAGGAUUUCUUACAAAAUUUCAAGCAGUUCACACUGGAUUCAAACACAGUGCAUAAAUUCAUUCAGCUGUCUGAUGGGAACAGAAUGGCUACUAACACUGACACAGUCCAUCAGUAUCCUGAUCAUCCAGACAGAUUUGAUCAGCGGUGUCAGGUGUUGUGUAAAGAGAGUUUUUGUGGACGCUGUUACUGGGAGGUUGAGUGGAGUGGUCAGGUGUUUAUAUCAGUGUCAUAUAAGAGCAUUAGCAGGAAGGGAAGGGGUCAUGAGUGUGUGUUUGGAUUUAAUGAUCAGUCCUGGAGUUUGAUUUGCAAAGACUCCACCUGCUCAUUCAGGCACAAUAAAAAACGCACUGAUCUCCCUGUAGUGUUGAGCUCCUGUAGAAUAGGAGUGUAUGUGGAUCACAGUAAAGGAUCUCUGUCCUUCUACAGUUUCACUGAUACAAUGAACCUCAUACACAGAGUCAACACCACAUUCACUAAACCACUUUAUCCUGGGUUUUGGAUCAUGUCAGGUUCAGUGAAGUUAUGUAAUCCAGCAGUGUAGAUGAGAUGAAGAUUCUCAGUAAUGCUGGAAACUUUAACUAAAGUAAAGAAAGAAAAACAAUUCCCUGCCAGUGACGCUUUCCUGAAGAGUAAAUCUAUUAUCCAAUAGAUUUCACUCUUACCCAAUUGUUUUGAUAAUCCGUGUAUGUUUUGAUCAUCAUUCUGAAUCUGAUCUCUAACAAAAUUCCUUUACAAAAAUGCAAUUAUUUCAGCUUUUUGUCAAAAAUUUUGUAUUUUUGAAGACACCCAUAUUUAAAGGGGGGGGGGGGGUUUCAAUGGUAUUUCAAGCAUUCUGACUUAUUAACACAGUUAUAGAGUUGUUUCCUCAUGCUAAACGUAGGCAAAGUGUCAAAACAGCAGUUGGACAUGUUACAGAGUAUUUCUGUGCCGAAUGCACUUCGCCAGCGCUCAUACAAGUUUCGGCAAGUUUUUUUCGAUUACAGUUCUAACUGACGUUUCAGGGGUUUUCGAUACGUAUCACUUCUUCAUAUGGGCUUCCCCUGGAAAACUUCCCCCGGAAAACCCCGCCCACCCGUCAAUCAGCGGGAGAGGCUAGAGCUGCUAACAGCUUAUCACGCCACUCAGCUUUGUAUUAUUUCAAAACUCAACAAUGGCACAAAAGAAGAAGUGUGUUUUUGGAUGUAAGGAAGACAUCCAGCCUUAUGGAAACAAUGGACAUAGUUUAUUAUCCGGAUUAGCAGCGGAGUUUUGCGUGUGUUUGAUGCGGUGGAUUUUCCCAACCGGGUCAUGGCGAGUUACACGCGGUAAGUAAGACUUCUGUCUUAUGUUGGAAAUAGUCGCGUGCAUAUUAUAUAAAUGACACGAACAUGUAGUUGAAUCAUAAGUUAAAACAGUGUUGUAUAGUGUUGCAUGACUCGUACUCGCUCCUCCUGUGGUAUAACUCCUCCUUCUUUAUUUUUUCGUACGUUAUCGGAAAGAUUCGGUAAAGCUAAUCUUUCUUUUAUAAAUCUGAUUAAACUAAAGACUCUUCAGAGAUAUAAGGGAUGUAAUACUACUCUACUCCAGAUUAACAUCAGAAAUGCAGAAACAGCGUGUGUUACGUGAGCUUUAAGAGGUUAUAAAAGAGAACAAACGGAGAUAGGAUAAACGUGUUUUUUUUUCAGUUUUGUUUGUUUAUUUGUUUGUUUGAAAGCAGAUUUUCUGUUCUUUCAUUUGAUAUAUUUGUAUGUUUAUAUAUUUUUAGAAGACAAUUUUUGUUGAAGGCAUUUUGUGAAAUUUUUGUGAAAAUCAGCCUAAAAAUAAUGCUGGUGGGGAAAGAUUAUUUUAAUAAUGAAUAAUGUUCAAUUCAGGGUUGUGGGGUGAUUGGGACAAGAUUAUUGGAAAAAAAAUAAAAUCUGAAAAUGAAAAAAGGCUGGCGGGGAAUGAGAUUAUUUUAAUAAUGAAUAAUGUUCAAUUCAGGGUUGUGGGCUCGUAGUAGGGUGGCCCUGAAGUGCAAAUCACAACAACAAAUUACUAAACAACAACAACAAAUUAAGAAACUACACAACAAAUAAAAAACACUGCAACAAAUUAAAAAACAACAACAAAUUAAAAAAAACACUACAGCAAAUUAAAAAACACUACAGCAAAUUAGAAAACACUACAACAAAAAAAAAAACAAAUACAAAAUAAAAAACACAACAGCAGGUUAAAAAACACUACAGCAAAUUAAAAAACACAACUACAAAUUAAAAAACACUACAACAAAUUAAAAAACACUACAACAAAUUAAAAAACACUACAACAAAUUAAAAAAACAGUACAACAAAUUAAAAAACACAACUACAAAUUAAAAAACACUACAACAAAAUAAAAAACAAUAACAAAUUAAAAAACACAAUAGCAAGUUAAAAAACACUACAACAAAUUAAA